UUACAAUCAAAUUACAAUAGAGGUCUGUCUGACCGACGAGGCGACGACGAAAUUUCAUUUUGAUCGAACAUCCUCGUGCUUUAGUUUAUAUUUCUAACAAGUUUAUUUUCAUAUUAAAAUGGCCGCAAUUAGUUUACUCAACCCUAAAGCCGAAUUUGCUAGGGCUGCUCAAGCUUUAGCGGUAAAUAUAUCUGCUGCAAAAGGUAUUCAAGAUGUCAUGAAAACUAACCUCGGUCCCAAAGGAACAAUGAAAAUGCUGGUGUCGGGAGCGGGCGACAUCAAGAUCACCAAAGACGGCAAUGUAUUGCUGCAUGAAAUGCAGAUCCAACAUCCAACUGCUUCUUUGAUCGCCCGCGCCUCCACGGCCCAGGAUGACGCUACUGGCGAUGGAACCACCUCUACCGUCCUGUUGAUUGGAGAACUCCUGAAGCAAGCAGAUAUAUACAUCAGUGAAGGUUUACACCCAAGGAUCAUAACAGAGGGGUUUGACGUAGCUCGAGCAAAGGCACUAGAGAUCCUGGAGUCCAUAAAAAUCCCCAUCGAGGUCAAGCGAGAGAGCUUACUGGAUGUUGCGCGAACGUCGCUCAAGACUAAGGUACACUCGAGUCUUGCUGAUGUGCUGACAGAUGCUUGUGUAGACGCCGUGCUCGCCAUCCGCACACCGGACAAGCCAGUGGACCUUCACAUGGUGGAAUUGAUGGAAAUGCAGCAUAAGACUGCCACCGAGACCAGCCUUAUUAAAGGUAUUGUAAUGGACCACGGCGCGCGCCACCCGGACAUGCCCAAGCGAGUGGAGAACGCUUACAUCCUGACCUGCAAUGUGUCUCUGGAGUAUGAAAAGACAGAAGUCAACUCCGGUUUCUUCUACAAGUCUGCAGAGGACAGGGAGAAGCUGAUCGCGGCCGAGCGGGAGUUCAUUGACCAGCGAGUUAAGAAGAUUAUCGCACUGAAAAAGAAGCUCUGUGAUGGAACAGACAAAUCGUUCGUGGUGAUCAAUCAGAAGGGCAUCGAUCCGCUGUCGUUGGACGCGCUCGCCAAGGAGGGCAUCGUGGCGCUGCGCCGCGCCAAGCGCCGCAACAUGGAGCGCCUGGCGCUGGCCUGCGGCGGCGCCGCCAUGAACAGUAUCGACGACCUCCAAGAGGACAACCUCGGCUACGCCGGCCUGGUCUACGAACACAUCCUCGGAGAAGACAAAUACACCUUCGUCGAAAAAUGCAAGAACCCUCAAUCCGUCACCAUCCUGAUCAAGGGCCCGAAUAAGCACACGCUGACUCAGAUCAAAGACGCAGUACGAGACGGUCUGCGAGCUAUUAACAACGCGAUCGAAGACAAAGCCGUGAUUCCCGGCGCGGGAGCCUUCGAAAUCAAAGCUAACAUGGAGCUCCAAAAAUACAAAGACACUGUGAAGGGCAAGUCUCGUCUAGGUAUUCAGGCGUACGCUGAAGCGUUACUAGUCAUUCCGAAAACUCUCUCUGUGAACUCUGGGUAUGACGCUCAGGACACCAUAGUGAAGCUCCAGGAAGAGGCUAGGCUCAGCCCGGAGCCUAUCGGUCUGGACUUGAGCACAGGCGAGGCCAUCAAGCCUGUGGACCUUGGUAUUAUUGACAACUAUGUUGUUAAGAAGCAAAUCAUUAACUCCUGCUCUGUGAUUGCCAGCAACCUUCUACUUGUAGACGAGAUUAUGAGAGCGGGAAUGAGCAGCCUAAAAGGAUAAUUCAGUAUUUGGCAGAGUCAUUUUAACUAAGAGUUCACAAAAAGUGCUUUAUUUAGUAAUAAUGCAGCACAUUUUAAUAUUGCAUUUUCGAUACACUUCUUACAUUAAAAGCUAAGUGUUGCAUGAAAAUGCUUUAAUUCUAAUAAACUUAAUGUACUAAAA